AUGGCAGCUGCUUUACCAAAUAAUCCUAAUCUAGAAUGUUCCAUUUGUUUAGAAAGUUUCAAAACUCCAAAAAUCUUAUCGUGUGGACAUUCGUUUUGUUUUGAGUGUUUGGUAAAGUAUAUUGGUGACAUAAAGAAGAAAUUUCCAUGCCCAUAUUGUAAACAGUAUGUUAGAAUUCCACAAGGUGGU